AAGCUGGUGUGCAAACAAAUGGGAAAAAAAGGAAUCGAGUUUUGAAAAUUGGACAUGGUGGAACUUUGGACAGUGCAGCAGCAGGAGUUCUGGUGGUUGGUAUUGGAAAAGGAACAAAGAUGCUGAGAACUAUGCUGGCAGGUUCCAAGAAGUACACUGCCAUUGGACUGCUGGGCCAAGCUACUGAUACGUUAGAUGCUACAGGAAAAGUAACUGAAGAAAAACCUUAUGACCAGAUAACACAAGGAGAUCUUGAAAAUGUGCUGCAAAAGUUCACAGGGGACAUAAUGCAGGUUCCUCCGCUCUAUUCUGCUUUGAAGAAGGAUGGAGAAAGGCUAUCAACUCUGAUGAAGAGAGGAGAAGCAGUCGAAGCAAAGCCUGCUCGGCCAGUACGAGUGUACAGCCUCUCUCUCCAGCGGUUCCACCCACCACUGUUCACACUGGAUGUUGAAUGUGGUGGUGGCUUUUAUGUCAGGAGCCUGGUCAGUGACAUUGGCAAAGAACUCUCUACGUGUGCCACGAUGCAAGAGCUGACCCGAACCAAACAUGGACCGUUUACGCUAGAGGAGCAUGCCCUUUAUGAAGACAAAUGGACAAUUGAUGAAAUUGCACGAUCCUUAGAGCAUUGCACGUCUCUUCUCCCGGGAGAGCCAUCUCAUAAAAAAUUGAAGACAGAGCAUCCUGGUGAAACUGCUGUGAGCUGUGAAGAUAAGUGAUGUGUUGGGUCAAGGAAAAAGACUGAAUGAUUGAGACAUUUUAAGAUUGGACUGGGAUUGUCUUGCCUCCUGUGUAAAUUUACAAGUCAGUACUGGGAGGGUGACAAGCUGCAGUGCAAGAAAAAUGGUUCUUUUGUUUUCUGGGGUUAGAACAUGCGCUGAAUAUAUCCGGCACUUGCUGUUUCCCGAUCUGUUUAUUUCCCUUGUCGCACACUGUAAAUGGCUCUGCUGCUGAUGUCAAGUCUUCAUGAACCUCUAAAAAACUUGCAGGGUGC